AUGCUGGUGGGACACAGCAGGAGGGUGCAGCAGUACCUGGUGGUGUUGGCUGUGACCUGGAGUGCCACCCUUGUCCCCUCUCCAGCCCAGGCUUUGCAGAGGAUCGCGCUGCGGAGGGUGUGGGAUUUUUUCCCGGAGCUGCGCCAGGGCAGGCAGAGUGGUGUGGCCGGUCCGAGGAACGGGACAGCUCCCACCCUGCUCACCAACUACCUGGACGUGAGUGACCCCCCGAGAAGAGGGUUUGUCCCCCCAGGGACACCCUGCAAACCUCACCUGGCUCCCCCAGUGAUGCUCCCUGUGCUGUGUCUCUUCCAGACCCAAUAUUUUGGUGAGAUCAGCAUUGGGACCCCUGCCCAGACCUUCAAGGUGGUCUUUGACACGGGCUCAGCCAACCUGUGGGUGCCUUCCUACAAGUGCUCCCCCCUCUACAGUGCCUGUGUCUCCCACAGCCGCUAUGACUCCUCCAAGUCCAGGACAUACAUCUCCAACGGCACAGGCUUCGCCAUCCGCUACGGCAGCGGCAGCGUCAAGGGCUUCCUGAGCCAGGACAUCGUCACGGUAUCAGACAUCCCCAUCAUCCAGGUGUUCGCCGAGGCCACGGCGCUGCCAGCCUUCCCCUUCAUCUUUGCCAGGUUUGAUGGGGUGCUGGGCAUGGGCUACCCCAGCCAGGCCAUCGAUGGCAUCACCCCUGUCUUCGACCGGAUCCUCUCCCAGCAGAUCCUCAAGGAGGAUGUGUUUUCUGUCUACUACAGCCGAGCCUCGAAGAAUGCCCUUCUGAAACCUGGGGGGGAAAUAAUCCUCGGAGGCAGCGACCCAGCCUACUACACAGGAGAAUUCCACUACCUGAACAUCAGCAAGAGUGGCUACUGGCAGAUCAGUAUGAAGGGGGUGUCUGUAGGGGCUGAGAUCCUGUUCUGCAAGGAAGGCUGCUCCGUGGCUGUGGACACAGGAGCAUCCUACAUCACUGGCCCUGCUGGUCCUGUCUCUGUGCUGAUGAAAGCCAUUGGGGCAGCUGAAAUGGCUGAGGGAGAGUACGUGGUGGACUGUGACCAGGUGUCUCAGCUGCCCAACAUCUCCUUCCACCUGGGUGGGAAGGUCUAUGCACUCAGUGGCUCAGCCUACAUCCUCCGGCAAUCCCAGUACGGAGAGGACAUCUGCGUGGUGGGUUUCUCAGGGCUGGACAUCCCACCCCCAGCUGGUCCCCUCUGGAUCCUGGGUGCCAGCUUCAUCGGGCACUACUACACCAAAUUCGACCGGCGCAACAACCGCAUCGGCUUUGCCACAGCUCGCUGA